UACUGUUUAAGUUUAGAUUCAAAUUAUACGCAUUUACCUCAUAUUUUAUUUCAAAUCCAAUUGAAAUUAUUAUUUAAAACACAAAUCCAAUGAAGAUGAGGGGGAAUCGUCAAGAGGAAUUUCCAGAGGACUUCUGGAUCCCCAUCCCCCUGGACACCGACAACAUCUCAGCUUACAGCCCGUACCUAGUUCCCCAGGACCAUUUAGGAAGCCUGGGGCUUUUUUAUUCAAUGUCAGCAUUAAUGUUCUUUUUGUUUGUGGCUGGCACAGCCAUCAACAUUCUCACAAUUGCAUGUACUAUUCAAUACAAGAAGCUCCGCUCCCAUCUGAACUACAUCCUGGUCAACAUGGCUGUGGCAAACCUCAUCGUCUCUUCUGUCGGCUCUUUUACCUGCUUCUACUGCUUUGCCUAUAGAUACAUGGCUCUUGGUCCGCUUGGCUGCAAGAUCGAAGGAUUUACUGCGGGUGUUGGUGGCAUGGUGAGCCUUUGGUCUUUGGCUGUGAUUGCAUUCGAAAGAUGGCUGGUCAUCUGCAAACCACUCGGGAACUUUGCCUUUAAGUCAGAACAUGCUUUGUUCUUCUGUGCACUUACUUGGUUUUUUGCUCUGUGCGCAACAGUUCCUCCUCUAGUGGGAUGGAGUAGGUACAUCCCUGAGGGUAUGCAGUGUUCAUGUGGACCAGACUGGUACACAUCAGGAAACAAGUACAACACUGAAUCCUAUGUGAUGUUCCUCUUCUGCUUCUGCUUUUCUGUCCCUUUCACUUGCAUUGUCUUCUGCUACUCGCAGCUGCUCUUCACACUGAAAUCGGCAGCAAAGGCCCAGGCAGAGUCUGCUUCCACCCAGAAGGCAGAGAAGGAGGUGACAAGGAUGGUGGUCGUUAUGGUGCUUGGCUUUCUGGUGUGCUACAUGCCAUAUGCCUCCUUUGCUAUUUGGAUCGUGACCCACCGCGGACAACCAUUUGACCUCAGACUUGCAACAAUACCCUCCUGUUUCUCCAAAGCCUCCACUGUCUACAAUCCUGUCAUCUAUGUUAUCCUCAACAAACAGUUCCGCUCGUGCAUGAGGAAGAUGCUGGGGAUGAGUGGAGGGGACGAAGAGGAGUCAACCACAAGUCAAUCGGUCACUGAAGUCUCAAAAGUUGGACCCUCCUAGGUUCUCUGCUUCUCUUGAUGUGGAUGAUAUGGAAAUGACCAUCACUGAUGUCUUUUUACUGUUAUGAUUUAGGGUUUUCGAAGAAAAAGGAAAAAAAUAAAGAAAAAAUUAUCAUCUGAUGAAGCUGUUGUUUUACAAUGGACAUAAAAGAAAGAUGCAUAUUUAGAAUUGUAUUCUGAUGUGAAAAUAUGGAUUCUGUUUUUCUUCUACGAAAUGACAGAGGUCUCUGAAAACCCAUAAACUACAAAAUAAAUGCAUGUAGCACACCUGACACACCUGUGAAUAAGUUGUUCUACAUGUCAUGACUUGUAAGUAUUACUUGUAUAUAUGUAGCAACAUAAA